CAAUGCACGCAAUGCAUGGGGUGCAUUUUCGUCUGAGUCACCCCCGAAAGAAUUGACAGUCUGUGGUAGGCAGUUUGACAGGUGGACUUAACGAUUGUGCUGUUUAUCUUCUCAGCGAUUUUCGGCUAGAACGAAAAGUUUUUGGUUGUGAGUCACUUCGUGUGACACCGCAUUCUUUCAACCACCUACUCAACCCUGUUGAAUAGCCAACAUAGAGGGCAGUGCACCCACUAUCUGAAUAGAGUCAGUCUUAGCUCAGCCAUCAUCCAGACAACUAGCUGCCUCACCUCUGAAAGCUUUCCAGCUUCGAAGUAGCCUCCCUCCUCAUGACUUUGGGUCACUGUUUUAAAUUGAAGACAUCAAGUCACCCUUUGAACUUGGAGAGAACUAAUGGCCGCACUCCUUCACGAUGACCUCAGCUCCUGAUUGAGCAAUCCUCGGUUUCCUUGGGACCAUUCCAUGCUGAAUACCUAGGAUUAUCAAGGAUUCCUUUGCCCACAGCGCGGCAGCUGUUGCUCAAAGCUUCACGGCCGGCCGCAGGUCAAGACAUUUCAGGGAAUAAGACUGUGGACCGAGCGAGCGAGCUCAAAAGAAAAUCCUUCAGAAAUCGCCCGUUAUCCUUCCCAUCGAUGAAAAGUUUGCAGUCCCAGUGACAUUCUUGUAUGAUUGACAGCCACUUUAACCAAUCACAUGUUCAGUAAGCUGGGGACCACACCCAACAGUUGCCAUGGGUAACGACGUCCACUGCUUGCGCCCCAAGAACGGGGCGUCGGCUGGGCUGGAGCCCAACUGCUUCAAAGUGCGCAACGUGAACGAGUCCGGGCACGUCGUAAAUAAGGGUUACCUCGAGGUCACGCAGACUGACCUCAUCCUCCAUGUGGUCAACGCGGAGACGGUCAAGUGGCCGUUGAGGUGUCUCCGUCGCUACGGCCAUGACGCCAACCUCUUUUCCUUUGAGAGUGGGCGGAGAUGUGCCACAGGACCAGGUAUCUAUGCCUUCAAGAGUAAAUAUGCCAUCCAGAUCUUCCGAUUGGUGCAAGAGAAUGCACAGCACACCGAGGAGAACGCUACCUCUCCAACCACGCCCUCUCCAACCACGCCCAACCUCCCCGCCUCGAGGGCGUCACGGCAACGGAGCCUCAGCAACGACACAGCCUUACCCCCGAGUCAAACCAUGAGCCGGGCCAGCUCCAACGCGUCCGGGGUGAACGGUGCCGCGCACGGUGUCGCCAACGGGAGCCUUUCGCCGCAUCCCAGCAUCAGCUCCAACGUCUCGUUCCCACCCCCGACCAGUCCGGGCCCGCUUUACUUCAACGGGAAUGGAAGCGUUAGUACCUGCCUUAGGAUGUCGCCCAUCUCCCCUACCAUGCAGUAUAUGAAUUCAAGUGCUUUUGGAGAUAUCCCUGAGUCUCCUCUUGAAGGGACUCCCGAAGAUUCUCUUGUAAAUGGUGUCAUCCCUGAAGAAGCAAGUAGUCACAAUGUCAGUUCAGACAGCUUUGGAGAUCCUGCACUUAAUUACGCGAGGCUUAAGCUACCGUCAGACGAAGAUAAAAACAAUGGGGGUGAUGCUCAGCAGAACACUGAUGAUGAGGAGAGGACAAACUCAGGGGAAAGGAAGGAACAGGGUGAGGGUGAUGAGGAGAAAGAAGAAUCAAGGAUUGAGAAGAACGAUGAGGAGGUUGGUGAUAGAGGAAGUGGAGCGAAGGACAAAGAUGAAAGUGGAAUCGUAGCUGAGCUGGAAAACAGCGGUGAGAACCAAAGCGAUGAUAGAGCCUCAGGGUUAGGAUGUGAUUCAGGGGUAGGAGAGGAUAAGAUGGAGGGUAAACCGGAAAAGGAAACAAACUCUAAAGAAGAGGAGGGAAAAGCCCCCUCCUUGGUGAGCCAUUUGAAUUUGAAAGAUGAUGGAUCAUCAAAGAAUAUAUUAAGUGGUGAGGAUGUCGAGGAAAAGGUUGAUGUCAGCCAUGUGAUAGUGGAUGAGGAGGAGAGAGGCAAAAGCGAUGUAAGGUUAAAGGUCAAGAAAAAUGGAAAGCGAGAGGUUAGCGACAUUGAAAGAACAACAGCUUUAUUACAAGACGUCGCAAAUGGCAACAUCCGUAUGAAAGAUCGCAAUGUGGACGCAGACUCCCAGUUAAACAUUCUUGUCAAUUAUGCAAAUCUAACUGAACAACAGAUCCAGGAUGUGCUCCAGAAGCUGGAGACGAGUCGUAACGGUAACAUAUCCCCCUGCACCGUGUGUUCCAACUCCUCCAGUAACGCCAGUCAGUCAGCCAGUCAGCGCGUCUCGCCGCUUUCGUACUAUGCAAAUUUAGACACGGCGGGUGAGCUACCACCCAACUGGCAACCCAACGGGUUCCACUCCUACCCCGAGCUUCGCACCCCGCGAAGCACGUCCAGCAAAGGCAGCACGGGAUCAGAGUUCACCUUUGAGGUCAGCAGAGGGAGCUGUUCGCCUGUGGAUCACAACUAUGCCAAUCUGGACACGUUACCAGAGGUGCAGCCUUUGCGCCACAGUCUUUCAAGCAACGGCGCCGCCACCAAUGGCGCCGGGAACUGGAUGAUUCUUCAGCCGCCACCGAAGGGCAAGGUGAACUACAUCCAGUUAGACUUCGACGAGAAUGACCAACCGAUCUUCACAAAUAUCAACAAAACGCUUCGCCGCUCCAUGAGCUCUAGCACCAGCACCACGCCGCCCAAAACACCGGUUUCGCCUCCGACAGAGAUCGUCCCAACCGUGCCCGGUUCUAAGAACGAUAUCUACGCCAGGAUUGAUAUCGAAAAGACGGUAGCACUCGCGAAUACGCACAGGCAGGUGGAAGGAGAUACAGACAUUUCGACGCGCAGGACACGGCAUGAUGUCUGGCCUGACAACAAAAUUCGGUGAUAGAUCGAUAGCAAACAGAACUCGCCUGAUAAAUUUACAAUCAUCGCUCAUUUCCGUGUGAAUCAAUUUUAUUUCCUUUGUAUGGCCAAGUGCCUCUGAAUGAACAGGAAUUUGGAAUUAAUCUUCAGCUUUGUACAUUUUAUAUGGUAUUAGUUGUAGGAACACCAUGAAAAUUGGAGCUAACAUUGAUCAAAUCUGUUGAAUGAAAGAGACGUUAUCAUAUGUACUUGAUAGAAUUCAUUCAUUGCCAUUCCAAAUGUUGGGAUAAUACUAAAGAUAUAUGCAUGAAUACGUAUUUCAAAUACACAUCUUAAGAUCAGAAUUAUUUAAUGGGCUGUGCAUGUGGCAUUUAACAUUUUCUAAUCAAUUUAAGAAAAUCAGGUUUUGAAUUGUGCUUCAAUCUAUCCUACAUAAAGCUUACAGGGUAAAAUUAUAAGAUUGACGUUAAUAAUGAAAAGCAGACCAAAUUAACGAUAGACCAGUUUCUCCAUCUAGAUAACAUGUUAAGGUGAAAAUGACCCCAAAUAUCAACUGAUAUAGCAGACAUGGAGAGUUCCCACUUAAUGCGUUUAGAAUAUAGUUAUAGCAUGAACCAUCAGUGCAUAAAUGAAUGAUGAUAAGCUUCAUAUAACCUUCAUGAAAAUGCAUCCAGCAUUCAUCUUAAAUGACCUUUGGGUGCGUUCAAGCGACACUUUUUCACCCUAGAAACGCGGCCUCAAAGUUGUUUAGUUUUAAACACGUUUGCGUUCAAGCAAUUUCAAGCGUUUUUUUUGUCGGUCAUAAAAUAUAAACGUGUUUCAAAAUACAAACAUGAAACGCUGAAAAAGAUGCAUUUUUGUAAUGUGAUUCUUUAGAAUCUGGCUUAAAAUCGCUCGAACGCAACAGAGAUCUCAAUCAUGAUUCUAUUAUGUCAUUAUCGUGGCCUGCUUCCGGUUGAUGGAAAAUCGCUUGAACGAUCUCCCGUAGUAACCAUGUUUUGUAACAGCGUUUUGCUUUGUGAUUCAUGUUUGUGAUUCUAGAUUAAAAAAUUUCUUGAACACACUCUUUGACUGACCAUGCAUGUACAGAUAGUAUCUCCAUGUAAUAAAGAACUGGCUUUCCUUUAAGACGUGAAAAUAUCUGUAUGGACAAAAAACUAGUACAGAGUAUGCAGUACCUUGGACAAUUAUUGUCCUGUUCAUCUCAUUAUGUAGGUAUCCCAGGGUAUAUCUCUUAGUACACGUAGAUGCGACUUCAUUAGGGUUUUUCAAAACCAGACAUUUUUUACACGGCAAAGCCAUAUAAGUCUGGAACUGACAGGAAAUAAACAAAAUUCUUCCUAAUUGGGGACAGUCCCCUUCAUUAAAAUGAGAGGUUGUUGCGUAUAAUGGCACUUAUCUAUGGCUUCACCAUAGCAGUGUAUGCUUACAUGAACAUGUUUUUGUGCAGGAGAGAUAUUUCUAGAUGAAAACAAAUUAUCAAGAUUACAAGUUCGAUGGACCCAAUUGUUCACUUCUAACAUUCAUUUUUUGAUAUUGAUCAUGAAACAAAUUACCAUUUAAAAAGCGAAAUCAUGCAAAUUAGGUGAUCAGUUCGACUGUGUUCAUGUAAUGGAUACAUGCAUGCAAAUAAUUUUUAAACAUGUACACUGUAAUGCCAUCAUUACUUAACUUUAUGGAGAAUAAUUCCUUUAAUAUGUACAUGUUGUGCACAUAUUUGUGACUAUCCGGUAGUUCAUAUCUUUGUUCGCUUAUUCUGUGGAAAUCACUUUCUAUUAAACUCUACAAACUAUUUUCCUCCUGAAUGGCAAAAGGAAUACUUACUUUAAAAAAGAAAUCAACAGUGCAAAGGAUUAACGGUAUACAGUUGUAUUUCUUGUCUUUGGAAUUGUUUUGUUUAGUUAAAUAGCAUUCACUUAAAAUGCAGACCCUAUUAUUUGUAUAUGCUGUAUUCAUAACUCUAUCUAUCCGAGAUCGAUCCAUUUCGAGAAUGUUCUAGUUUAUAAAGAUAUAAUGUAUACAAGUGUGUGUAUAUAUAUGUUUUCUCUUUUUGUAUCACAGAUUGUUGUACAAUGUUUUUUUUUGGUGGUGUUUGUCAAUAUUUUAACACUUUUGAAUGGCUGGUUCCAUGAAAAAAAAUGUUUAAAUUAUGUCAAUUUACAUAUAGCAUGGAUGUUUGUAAUACCUCAUUUUUAUGUCAUUGUUUACACAUUUUAUGUACAUGUAAAUGUAUUUUCCAAGCACUUUGUACAGAUCAUGCAUUUCUAUUCAUCAUACAUGUAUAAUGUACCAAGCAAAAUACAUGUAAAAACCAUGUUAAAAGAUCAUGUUCAGUAAUUGUAACCUUAAAUGUGCCACUAAAUAAACAAACAUGUACAGAGAACUUGUACAUGUACCUAUGUAUCUAUCUCUUCUAGGAAAAGAUUAAUUUUUAGACCUAAAUAUUACAUAUUGUUCUUCAAAUUGGCAACAGUAAUAUUUUAAAUUUUAAUUGCUACAUUGUUGAAAUAGAAUGCAAUGUUUCUGAAAAAAAUAUAGAAAUUAAAAUAUUGUUGAAAAGUUGAUUUAAAUUUUGUGAUUUUAAUAACAUUGAUUUUGAAUCUCUUGUGUUGCCAAUUUAUGAAUGUAAUGCUUGUUUCCUUUUUCAGAUUUCUGGCAUCAAAGACAAUAAAUUUGAAAACAAACACAGUGUGUAGAAUUUUUCACCCUUUCUUCCCAUGUAUCUAGCAUAUAUUUGGGCUCUGAAUUAUAUGUUAGUAUUGAGUAGAACCACAACAUGAAGAAGGAUUGUCACGGUAUAGUUCUUAAUCAUGAUAUUGUUAUUCGUUCAUUUUGAUAUUAGUGUUCCUUAGUAUCAAACGUUAACAAUGCUUCCUGUGUAAUGCACAUUACAUCCUUCCAUCCCUAAACUAAAUCUGAAAGACGAACCUUACCAUAAAAUAUCUGUAGCGGGUACUCAGCAUACCAUACAUGUAUAUGUAUGUGCUAAUAUCAGUACACAGCGCACUUCAAAUUGAAAAUUGAAUAGAUCAAAUGAAUUGAAUAAGGUCUAUGUAGACUCCUAGUUGUACAUAAAAUCUUGAUUUAUAAAUGUGAACAGAAUAUUGUACUUAUAUGUUGACAAUCACAGUUUAACUGCUAAUUAGAUUUGAGGUUUAAAACACAAAUUAAUUCAGUUGAAUUCAGUCUGUAUUUUGAAUAAAAACUUGAAUAACAUAAUUUAAUUAUUAUAAUUUAUUUAUUAAUAAUUAAUAGCUUGCAUAACGUGCAUCUACGGUGUUUUGUAUCCUCAAUCCCUUCUAAAACUUUGCAACUAUUUGUUCCCUUUUUUAUAAAUGAAUUUUCUCCUUUGUGCAACUCAAUCAUGAAUUUUUUGAAAUAGUAUAUAAAUAUAUAUAUAUUCUUUGUUUUGUAUGUUUCUGUUAUGAAGUACUUCAGUUUAUGGUCUUUUUCAUGAAGUUAUUUUAUUUGUUGUUGAUUUGUAUGCAUAAGACUUACAUUGCUGUCAAUGUAUACAAUUUGAACAAAAACCAAAUGUGUGUGGUCUUGAUGAAAUUGUAAAGAAUUUUUUUGGUGAUAAAUGUCAAAUUAUACGGGGUAAUAAAUUGUGAAAUUUGUACCAAAGCUAA